CAUCUGGAACUCUUUACCUUGGUUCCCCCUUGUAGACCCUGUAAUAGAAGAUAUGAGUAUUCAGAGUUUAUCCAGGAGGGUGAUGUUGCCAUUAUCUUCCUUGGUCAUGACUCAGUGAUGCCAGUCAAGGUGUAGCAGGGUUCCCAAACAGACAUGCAUGGAGUCAUUUGCCACUCCAAGGACCUGAUAGGCCAGCGCUUUGGCACAAUGGUCAUGGUCUAUGUGCUGCACCCCACCCCUGAGCUGUGGACCCUCAACCUGCCCCACCGCACCCAGAUACUCUACACAACAGACAUUGCUAACAUUACCAUGAUGCUGGAGCUCAAGCCUGGCUCUGUCUGUGAAUCCGGUACGGGCAGCAGGUCUCUGUCCCACGCCACUGCGCCCACGGGCCACCUGCACAGGUUCCACCAGCAGCAUGCUGAGAAGGUGGCGGAGGAGUUCAGGGAGCGUACUACCGUCCGUAACCAGGACAUCUGCAUGGAGGGUGGCAUCCCCUCUCCCUGGGAGGCUGUCCAACAUGCCAAGAUUGCCAUGAAGAGGCAGGGUAAGACACGAGGGGGGACGUGUGUGUGCUCCUUCUCCCCAUGUAUUGAGCAGGUGCAGAAGACUGAGGCGCUGGCUGAUGACGGUUUCGAGGCGAUCAGCACUCUGGAGGUUCUGCUGAAGGUGCGCGUGCGCACCAUCAUGCUCCCCCUACCAGACUUUGGUACUGACCGGCCCCUGGAGAUCCCCACCGACACCCCAGUCCCUAGCAACACCUCUGUUCUUAAGACAACUAUGCCCCCCGUGGAGAUGGCAGUGCACACAGGCUACCUCACCUUUGCCACCAAACCCCGGGUGUAGAGGACUGACUGCUGGAGGUUGUAGAUACUGUUAGUCUAGGAGGCUAUGUCAGGGGAACUCCAAGAUUUAAUGCAGUGCUGGUGACUUGGGUCCUAACUUGACCUGGGUGGAAAACCUCUGCUCACAGACUGAUUUACUGUAUUUUUCUUCCGCUCCCCUGCUCAGCUAAAACUCUACAUUUCACAGUCGACAUCCUCUUCGGGAGAGACGCGAUUGAGAAAUUGCUGCUGUUUUAGUCUUCCGUGGACUUUGAUGAAUGCGUGCAUACACACGUACCCACACAUACUCAAACACUCUCACAGAGGGAGGGAAGAGAAAGCUAAGUGGGAUUUUAUUAAUAGGCAGCUGAUUGCCGAGGGUCUCCACACAGGGCUGUGGAGAGCUGUCUGAGAGAUUUGCUCUUAGUCUGUCAUGUACAAUCACUCUUAUCAUGCCACCGAUAUCUUCUUGCAUCAUUCAGGAUUGAAAUAAUACUACCUUAUUUCCAAUUGAUGGUUACAAUGUCCCAUUACUACCCAGUUUCUCUCUUCAGUUUGUUUCUAAACAUAUUUUUAUAUUUGUUUUGCACUUUGUGUUUGGGAGAUGGUGUUUUGUCUCAGCCUCAUUACAGCAUCACCCUCUGCAAAAUAAACACCUUACUACCUUUC